CUUAAACAAAAUAAUAUUCUUUUUAAUUUUUUGGAUAAUUUUUAAAAAAGAUUUUAUAGAAUAUAAAGAAUUGUAAUAUGGGUAAAAAUAAUAAUGAUGAAGACCAAGAACAACAUCAACAGAUAAAUGAUAUCGAUAGUAUAUCACAUCCAAACAUACCUCAACAAUCAAAUGAAUUUCCCUCAAUUGAUGAAAUUAAAGAAAUCGGUGAACUUGAAGAAAAUAAAAAGAAAGAAAAAAAAAUUAAACAUUUAGGUUUUGGUGGCAAACCCUCUGCCGAGGAAAAUAGCAAUAUAAUAUCAAAAGCAACAUUUGGGUGGGCUGAUAAGUUUGUUUGGCACUGUUAUAGAAAUGUAUUACAAAUAGACCAUAUUUGGGAAUUAGCAUCAUAUGAUAAAUCUGAAUAUUUAUCAAAAAAAAUUGAAGAGGCAUGGAAGAUAGAAAUGAAAAAACCAAAACCAAAAUAUUUAAGAGCAGCAUUUAGAGCAUUUGGUGGAUAUUUUAUUUUAAGUUGGUUGUUUUAUGCUAUUUAUGCAGCAUCACAAUUCGUUGGACCAGAGAUUAUUAGCAGAAUGGUUAAAUUUGUAACUGCAUCAAUUAAUAAUAUAGAUACAGGCGAAGAUCCAAACAUGGGUUAUUAUUAUUCUUUAAUUUUAUUUUGCUCCUCAAUGAUUGGAUCGUUUUGCUUAUAUCAAUCAAAUAUGAUUUCUGCAAGAACUGGUGAUAGGCUAAGGUCGAUUAUAGUUUUAGAUGUUUAUAAAAAAUCAUUAAACCUUUCAAAUUCUGCAAGAGCAAACUCAUCUCCAGGUGAAAUUGUAAAUUUAAUGAGCAACGAUGCACAACGUAUGGUUGAAGUGUUCCAGUUAGUUAAUAAUGGUGUUUUCGCACUUCCACAAAUUAUUGUCUGUAUUGCUUUGCUAUAUCGUGCUAUAGGAUGGCCCACAUUUGUUGGUUUAGGUUUAAUGAUUUUAUCAGUUCCUUUAAAUGGUUUAUCCGCUAAAAAACUAACAGAAAUUAGAAGAAAAUUAGUUGACUAUACCGAUGCUCGUGUUAAAACUACAAAUGAAAUAUUACAAGCAAUCAAAAUUAUAAAACUGUAUGCUUGGGAAGAUAGUUUUGCAAGAAAAGUCAUCCAAAGAAGAGAUGCUGAAAUCAAAUUAUUAUUCCAAUUUUCACGUUAUAGAGCAGUAUUAAUUGUAGUCGUAGCUGCUUUGCCAACCGCUGUUUCUGUAUUAGUUUUCUCUUCCUACUAUGGUUACCAUAAAAGACUAAAUGCUGCAGAAAUUUUUUCUGCCCUAUCUUACUUAAAUAUUCUACGUCUACCACUAGGUUUCUUACCAAUUAUUAUAGCAUUAGCUGUACAAAUGCAAGUUGCUGCAGACAGGGUUACAAAAUUUUUGAUGUUACCAGAAAUGAAACCAGUUCACGAAACUCAAGACCCAAGUAAACCUAAUGGUAUUUAUAUAAAAAAUGCAACUCUAUCAUGGAAUAUUGAAAAAAAGGAUGAAAAUUUUGUUUUAAAAAAUAUAGAUUUAGAAGCAACAGGUAAAUCUUUAACAAUGGUAGUUGGUUCAGUAGGUUCAGGUAAAUCCUCAUUAUUACAGGCUACACUUGGUGAAAUGGAUGUCAUUGAUGGGGAUGUUUCGAUUAAAGGUUCAAUAGCUUAUGUACCCCAACAAGCUUGGAUCAUCAAUGCUACAUUGAAGGAUAAUAUUUUAUUUGGCAAACCAUAUGAUGAAGAAAAAUAUCGAAAAAUAUUGGAUGUGUGUGCACUAGAGCGAGAUAUCGAACUUUUUCCUCAAGGUGAUCAAAUCGAAAUUGGUGAGCGUGGUGUAAAUCUCAGUGGUGGUCAAAAACAACGUGUUUCUAUUGCACGUGCUGUAUAUUCAGAUGCCGAUAUUUUUAUUUUAGACGAUCCAUUAAGUGCUGUGGAUGCACAUGUAGGCAAGCAUCUUUUCCAUAAAUGCUUUAAAGGUAUCUUAAAGAACAAGACUGUAAUUUUAGCGGCAAACCAACUAAACUAUUUACCAUUCGCAACAGAUGCAAUAGUUUUAAAGAAUGGAGAAAUCUCUGAAAGAGGUAAUUAUCAACAAUUAGUAUCAUCCCAAAAAGAAUUUUCUCAUCUUUUGAAGGCAUAUGGCGUAGAUGAAAUCAAAGAUCAUGAUUUAGAAAUUGAUGUUCCAGAUGAUGAAGAAGAAAUAGUAAUUGAAGAAAAGAUAAAAUCAACAAAAACUAAUACCAUUUCAAAGGCAAGUGGCAGUUUAACAUCUCAAGAAGAACGUGAAGAGGGUGCCGUAGCGUUUUGGGUAUAUUGGAAAUAUAUUACUGUUGGUGGUGGUGUGUUGUUCUUGGUUACCUUUAUCUUCUUCCUUUUAGAGACCGGUUCAAGAACUUUCGUUGAUUGGUGGCUAUCUCAUUGGCAGACCGUUAGUACCAAAAGAGCUAUAGAUCCAACCGUUAAUGAGUUAUCCGAUACCCAAUUCCUCGGUAUUUACAUUGGUAUAGGUAUCACCUCGAUUAUUAUCUCAUGUUUCCGUAACUUCUUAUUUUUUGACUACACUGUCAGAGCAUCAAGAGCACUUCAUCAUCAACUAUUCAAUGCCCUUUUAAGAGCACCAAUGUGGUUCUUUGAUAUCACCCCACUAGGUCGUAUUAUUAAUCGUUUCACCAGAGAUUUAGAUGGUAUUGACAAUUUAAUUGCAACAGCAAUGGCUCAAUUUAUAGUAUUUAUAACUUCAGUUAUGGCCACUCUUAUUUUAAUUUCAAUUAUUACACCAUUUCUAUUAAUACCCCUUGGCCCAAUUUGUAUAAUCUUCUAUAUUCUUCAAUUUUUCUACCGUUAUACAUCAAGAGAACUACAACGUUUAGAAUCAAUUUCUCGUUCACCAAUUUUCUCGCAUUUCUCUGAAACUUUAGGUGGUGUUGUCUCAAUUAGAGCUUACAAAAAACAAUAUGAAAAUAUUUUAACAAAUCAUGCCCGUUUAGAUAACAAUAACAAAUGCUAUUUAACACUUCAAGCUAUGAAUCAAUGGUUGGGUUUAAGAUUAGAUUUCUUGGCAAAUUUAGUAACCUUCUUUGCAUGUAUAUUCAUCACCAUUGAUAGAGGAACUCUUAGUGCCGCAAAUGUUGGUUUAUCACUUAGCUAUGCUCUUACUUUAACCGGUAAUUUAAAUCGUGCCACUCUUCAAAUGAGUGAUACAGAAACUAAAAUGAACUCUGUAGAACGUAUUUGUCACUAUAUUAAAGGUCCAGUAGAAUCUUUACAAAUCACUGAUAUUCGUCCACCACCAAAUUGGCCAGAACAAGGCUCUAUAAAAUUCGAAGACUUUUACAUGAGCUAUAGAGAAGGUUUGGAUCCAGUUUUAAAAGGAAUUUCAAUCGAAAUUCAUGCAAAAGAAAAGAUUGGUAUUGUUGGUCGUACUGGGUCUGGUAAAAGCAGCACGCUAGUUGGCCUAUUCCGUUUAGUUGAACCCAAUCAAGGAAGAAUUUUAAUUGAUGGUCUUGAUAUUUCAACUAUAGGUUUAAAAGAUUUACGUCGUAAUUUAAGUAUUAUACCUCAAGACCCAGUUUUAUUCUCUGGUACAUUAAGAGAAAACCUCGAUCCAUUUAGAGAACAUGAUGAUGGAACACUCUGGUCUUUACUUGAAGAUAUACAAUUAAACACUGCUGUUCAAUCUUUAGAAGGUGGUUUAGAUUGUAAAGUUAGUGAAAACGGUGAUAAUUGGAGUGUAGGUCAACGUCAAUUAAUAUGUUUGGGACGUGCUCUUCUUAGAAAGCCAAAAAUUUUAGUUCUCGACGAAGCAACCGCCUCAGUUGAUGGUAAUACUGAUUCAUUGAUUCAGAAAUGUGUAAAAGAAAAGUUUAAUGAUUGUACAAUUCUUACAAUUGCCCAUAGACUUAAUACAAUUAUGGAUUCAGAUCGUAUCAUGGUAUUAGAUGCAGGUAGGGUAUCUGAAUUUGACACACCAUGGAACCUUUUACAAGAUCCAAAUGGUCUUUUGACUUGGUUAGUCGAAGAAACAGGUCCUCAAAAUAGUAUUUAUUUAAGAAAUCUGGCACAGGCAAAAAAAGAUGGUUUAGAUAUUUUUUCCAUAACACCACCCCAUCAAAAACAACAUUUAAAUGAUUCAAAUGGUGAUAUUGAUAAUAUCAACUCACCAUCUCAAAAUAUAAAUAAUAAUUCCAACAGCAUAGAAAAUAUAGAUAAUAACAUUAACAAUGUUGAUAGUGGUGACAAUAAUGAAUAUACAAAUGACAAUAGCUUUUCAACAGGAUCAUUUGAUAACAACCCAGCAAAUUUAUACGGAGAUCCUAAUAACUAUUCAGCAUUUACUCCUAACUCAGAACAAGAUGAUUAAUAAAAGCAUACUGUUAUUUAAAAAAAAAUAUAAAAAAAUUAUUUUCUUUAAAAAUUAAUUAAAAAUAAAUUAAAAACCUG